AUGGCUCAAAUCUACACAGAGUUUACAGAUGAGUUAGCUAAAGCUGUUGAUCAAGUUUGUUCGCCUUUAUAUACACAAUUGUUCGAAAAAGUGGCUAAAGAACAACCAGAUUUUCUUUCAAAUGAUGAACGUACUAUACUUAAAUAUUAUCCCAACCAAAUAGGCUGGUAUGCAGGUAAUCGCCGCCAGGAGAUAGUUGAACGUAUUCGACGUACUCACCUCAAAUGGUUCAAUAGUUGGCUGAGUGAGCAAUAUACUGGCUUGCCACCAUAUGUCUCAUGGGGUUCAGUUAUGUGUGAACUCAUGCUACAUACUACAAACUUAUUCUUUCGAUUAGAUCUCGAUGACAUAAUUACUAGUGAUGAAACGCGAAACGCAUGUCAACAAAUCGCCGAUACGAUUAAACAUAUUUUAUUGUCCAUCGCCAAAUCGAAUCCUGUAACCAUCGAUCCAGCUGCUAUUCCUCUUGUUCAAGAUCUUCUUCUAAUUCUUUUCUAUUUUACUCUGGAUCGUGAACUUGUUAUUUAUCUUAAAAGUCUUGAAUUAGUCAAUGUCAUGAAUGUUUUUUUGCGAACAUCAAACAAUGAUGAUGAAAUUCAUUUACAAGCCUAUCGAAUUCUUGCAGAUACUAUUGAUGCUGGUUUUUCUUAUCAAGCUCGCUUACACAAUAGUCUUCGAAGUCUUAAAGUACUGACACAGCAUGAUCAAAUUCGAGAAGAAUUGAUCAAACAAGAAGGUCAUUCUCUUUUUCUUCGAUGUGCUGUUGAAGAACAAUUCAAUCCAAUCAAAGCUAAACUUCCUGCACUUGAGAUUCUUCUUGCACUGGUCUUCAACAAAGAUUUUGCUGCUAUGCUCAACGGCAACACCACUUUCAUGAAUCAUAUUCGAAUAUUAACUUCAUCAUCACAACAGGAACUACAACUAAUAGCUACUGCAUUGAUAUGGAAAUUAGAAAAAGAACAAGAAACAAUACCUAAAACAAUUCAAGAACAACCUUCUUCAAUCUCUUCACCGAUCAUAAUCAAAAAGCAAUAUGAUAUCAUGAUAAGCUACUCACAUAAUGAUAAAGAACUUUGUCAUCGCAUUCUAAAUUCUCUCGAGAAAGAUCAAUUACGUGUUUGGAUUGAUUCUCAGUUGAUGCAUGGUGCUACAUUUGAUGCUAUGGCUAAAGCUAUAGAGAAUUCAGAAUUUGUACUUGUUUGUAUGUCUGAUGCUUACAAGCAGAGUCCAUUCUGUGAAAUGGAAGCUAGUUAUGCAGUUAAACGUCGAUGUAAUAUUAUUCCAUUAGUUAUGACAGCCAACUACAAAGCUGAUGGUUGGCUUGGAGUAUUAACAUCAGCAUUAAUUUAUGUUGAUUUUCCAAAACUUGGAUUCGAUAAAGCUUAUCAAGAGCUGAAGAAACAGAUUGGAUUAUUUCGAAUGAAGACUUCAAAAACGUGUUCCAGUUGUACUUUGAGUUGUCUAGUUCCAAGUAUACUUUUGUUUUCACUUAUACUCGUACUUAGAAGUAUGAAAAAAGUAGUUGAUGUUUUUGCUUGCUUUAUUAGUAUGACACACUUCGUAUUUAAAGUUGACUAG